ACCAGGCUCUACCUCUGGGCUUUCUAUUCUGUUCCAGAGACCCAGUACCAGAAUAUUUAAAUCACUGUGGCGUUAAAUACGUUUUAAUAUCUGAUAGGGCCAGUUUCACCGCAUUGCACUUUUUUUCCCCCUUUUAGGAACCUGUUCAGACCCGCGGCAGGGGGCGGGGUCGCGCCUCCUCCUGGGCUCUGGUUCCAGCCCAGCCUCUGGGACACAGAGAUGGAAAUCCCGAAGCUGCUCCCGGCUCGCGGGACACUACAGGGCGGCGGCGGCGGUAUCCCCGCGGGUGGCGGCCGGGUCCACCGAGGCCCUGACCCGCCGGCUGGCCAGGUCUCCACGCGCCGCCUCCUGCUGCUCCGGGACCUCCAAGAUGGCGGGCCCGGGCGGCGGCGCAAGGAGGCCCGCAGGGCCUCACGAGGCCCCGGCCCAAGCCUGUUGGCGCCGAUGCCCGAUCAACCUAGCGGCGAUGGCGGCGACGACUUCCUCCUGGUGCUGCUUGACCCGGUGGGUGGCGACGUGGAGACAGUGGGCUCGGGUCAGGCCGCAGGGCCUGUGUUGAGGGAGGAGGCCGAGGCAGGCCCGGGGCUCCAGGGGGACUACAGCGGCGCGAACCCCGCGGGCUGCUCUGCGCGGGGCCCCAGCUUUCUGUCCGCGAUUCCCAUUCAGGCCCCGAUCUCUGCCCCCAGCCCCGCCGCGGCCUUCACCGGCACAGUCACUAUCCACAACCAGGACCUGCUGUUGCGCUUUGAGAACGGCCUCCUCACCCUGACCACGCCCCCAUCACACUCCUGGAAGCCCGGGGCCGCUCCUGCCCAGAAGCCCCCCAGGUGUCUGAUGGCCCCCCAAGCCGGGUUCCCGCGUGCCGCGGAGCCGAGUGACUGCCCAGAGCUGCCGCCAGACCUCCUGCUAGCCCAGCCGGCCGAACCCGCGCCAGCUCCGGCGCCCCAGGAGGAGGCGGAGGGCCCGGCCGCCGCCCUGGGCCCCCGCGGACCGCUGGGCUCGGGCCCAGGCGUAGUGCUGUACCUGUGCCCCCAGGCGCUGUGCGGGCAAUCCUUCGCCAAGAAGCACCAGCUGAAGGUGCACCUGCUGACGCACAGCAGCAGCCAGGGCCAGAGGCCCUUCAAAUGCCCCCUGGGUGACUGCAGGUGGACCUUCACCACCUCUUACAAGCUCAAGAGGCACCUGCAGUCUCACGACAAACUGCGGCCCUUUGGCUGCUCGGCGGAGGGCUGUGGCAAGAGCUUCACCACCGUGUACAACCUCAAGGCGCACAUGAAGGGCCAUGAGCAGGAGAACUCAUUCAAAUGCGAGGUGUGCGAGGAGAGCUUCCCCACGCAGGCCAAACUCAGCGCCCACCAGCGCAGCCACUUCGAACCCGAGAGGCCUUACCAGUGCGCGUUUUCUGGCUGCAAGAAGACAUUUAUCACAGUGAGUGCUCUCUUUUCCCAUAACCGCGCCCAUUUCAGGGAACAGGAACUGUUUUCCUGCUCUUUUCCUGGCUGCAGCAAACAAUAUGACAAGGCUUGUAGGCUGAAAAUUCACCUGCGGAGUCACACCGGCGAGAGACCUUUCCUUUGUGACUUUGAUGGCUGUGGCUGGAACUUCACCAGCAUGUCCAAACUCUUAAGGCACAAAAGGAAGCACGACGAUGACCGGAGGUUCAUGUGCCCUGUGGAAGGCUGUGGGAAAUCUUUCACGAGAGCUGAACAUCUGAAAGGCCACAGCAUAACCCACUUGGGCACAAAGCCUUUCGUGUGUCCUGUGGAAGGCUGCUGUGCCAGGUUCUCUGCUCGCAGUAGCCUCUACAUUCACUCCAAGAAACACCUGCAGGAUGUGGACACUUGGAAAAGCCGUUGCCCCAUCUCCACUUGUAAUAAACUCUUCACAUCCAAGCACAGCAUGAAGACGCACAUGACCAAAAGGCACAAGGUGGGCCAGGAUCUCUUAGCUCAGUUAGAAGCAGCAAAUUCUCUUACACCCAGCAGUGAACUUACCAGCCAGGGACAGGAUGAUCUCAGAGAUGCAGAGAUAGUGUCUCUGUUUUCUGAUGUACCAGACAGUACUUCUGCUGCAGUGCUGGACACAGCAUUGGUGAACUCUGGAAUCUUGACUAUUGAUGUGGCUUCUGUGAGCUCGACUCUGGCAGGGCACCUCCCUGCUAAUAAUAAUAAUUCCGUAGGGCAGGCUGUGGACCCUCUGGCCUUGAAGGCCACCAGCGACCCUCCUCAAAAUCUGGAUACAUCUCUCUUUUUUGGAACGGCGGCCACUGGUUUUCAGCAGAGCCCCUUAGAUAUGGAUGAGGUCUCAAGUGUAAGUGUGGGGCCAUUGGGAUCUCUGGGCUCUUUGGCCAUGAAAAACUCCAGUCCAGAGCCUCAGGCUUUAACACCCAGCAGUAAGCUAACAGUGGAGACAGAUGCUCUGACUCCUUCAAGCACCCUUUGUGAAAACAGUGUCUCAGAACUACUGACACCAACCAAAGCGGAGUGGAACGUACAUCCUGACUUCUUUGGACAGGAGGGAGAAACCCAGUUUGGAUUCCCCAGUGCAGCAGGAAACCAUGGUUCUCAGAAAGAAAGAAAUGUUAUCACUGUGACUGGCAGCUCAUUUUUGGAAACAUCUUAUAGAUGAAGGCAUUGAGUGUGGACAGAGGGAAGACACAGAUGCUGGGAUGAAGGCGGAGGAAGUUUGGACCCUUCAUCAGUCUACUGUGCACGAAGACUCAUUCCUGGCCCCGAACAGCUCCUUAAGAGGGGGUGAGUUGAGCAAGCUUGUGGUGGCCUAGUUUCACCAAAAUCCUCUGGAAUCCUGUCAGCAAGAGACCCCAUGACCCCCACAGAAAAUUGAGCUGGCAGAGAGAGCUGUUUGGAGAGGUGGUGUGGGCAGAACUCCAUCUGGUGCAGAACCUGGGGAGUUUGGUGUAGGACAGUGUGUGGUGGAGCAUGGCCAGGAAUGCCCAUCCUCCAAGGCUCAUCUUGCUCCCUUAAGAGACUUUAGCUUUAGGGGAACUGUCGGACCUGCAUAGUUCAGGGCGAUCUUUCCCAUGAGAUGGGGCUGCUCUGAUCUGAUUGCCCUCCUGUCUGCUAGUCCCUCCCAGGGCACCAGUCUGGCCAUUAUGGCUUGCAGUGCAGCCUCAGAUCUGCAGUUGUGGUGCCUCACAGAGACCCACAUGAUAGCUUCAGCACUGGCAGACUGUGCCUGAUCAUUGGAAAGCUCCAGCCAAAUGACCUCCACACACCAGCCCACCCAUGCCCUUGCCCCACUGCUGCUUCCCCUAUGCUGCCUUGCUGGCAUGCACUGGCCCACAGUCACCCUCCACAUUAAUUUACUGGUACGCAUACACAUGGGUGGACUUCAGUUCUCUUUCCCUGCUGGCGCACACGUGCAUGUGCAUUGCACUAAGCCACUGCUGCUGGCAUAAGCACACCCUGCCCUGCCCCCAGUUGUGCCACCAUUGCCAAUGUAAAGGUGCAUAAGGAAACCAGAAGCUUCACCUGCCCUUUGCCACCAUCAUCACUGACAAAUUAAUGCAUACAGAGACUGUCAGCUCCAUGCCCAUCAGUGCCCUGCUCCCAUGCUGAUACUGCCACAGGCAUUAAUCUGUGCACAGAGACCAGCAGCCCCAUGCCUCAUCCUGUGUGACUGCUGCUACUGGCAUGAACAUGGGCACAGAGGUUGCUAUCCCCGUGUUCUCCAGUGCCCUGCUCCAUGCUGACACCCCCACUGGUGCAAAUGCAAACGUAGAUGCCUACAGUCCCCUAUGCUCCACACCUCCACCACGGUGCUGCCAUUAUUGCCACUGCAAACAUCCACAUGGUGGCCAGCAAACCUGUGCACACCAAUGCCCCACCACAGCCAAUGAGCAAUCACACCACCACAUUGCCAUUGCUGCUGGUACAUGAAAAUGAGCAUGGAUCUAGAUAACACCACAUGACAAGGCAAUCUGCCUGGCACCACCCAUCGGAGUGUUGUGAACAGUGAUCCAGGAACACCUGGGUCCCUCCCGCACAGCAGGUUCCUAACCUCAAGAGACCAGAAAGCAAAGCCAAUGGCUUGACAUUAGCGGCCCUAGAGUUAAAGCAUGCAUUCCAGGCAUCCUGAGCUCAGCUUUGGUGUCCUAAAAUUUUCCAGAAAUGUAGCCAGUUGACUAAACCCACCUUAUAUUACAAUCAAACUCCCAAGGACAUUAAAGAGGUCAGAAGAACAAAAAUCCCAUCCAAAGGACAGCAAAUUCACAGACUGAAAGAAUACCAACCCACAAAGAUGAGAAAGAACCAUGACAAAAACUCUAGUAACUCAAAAAGCCAGAGUGUCUUCUUAACUCUAAAUGGCUCAACUUGUUCCCCAACAAUGGUUCUUAACCAGGCUGAAAUGGCUGAAAUGACAGAUAAAGAAUGUCAGUAGAAAUGAACAUUAUUCAUACCCAGGAGAACAUCAAAACCCAGUCCAAGGUUUCUGAGGAAUAAAAUAAGAUGAAGGAAAUCAAAGGUGAACUGGAAAUUAUAAGAAAAAAACCUGAUAAGAUAGAACUAAAACACUCAUUUCAAGGAUUUCAUUAUAUAAUCACAAUAUUAGCAGCAGAAUUGACCAAGCUGAGGAAGGAAUCUCAGAACUAGAAGACUGGCUCUCUGAAAUAACUCAGACAAAAAUAAAGAAAAAAGAAGAAAGAACGAAGAACAAAACCUGAGAAAUAUGGGAUUUUGUAAAGAGACCAAAUUUAUGACUCAUUAGUGUCUCUGAAAGAGGAAACAAAGCAAGCAAUUUGGAAAACACAUUUUAGGAUAUUGUCCAUGAAAUGUUUCUCUGCUAGAUAGGACAACAUUCAAAGUUAGGAAAUGCAGGGAACUUCUAUGAGAUACUACAAAAGACAGCCACCCCCAAGACACAUAAUCAUCAGAUUCUCCAAGGUCUAAAUAAAAGAAAAAAAUGUAAAGGCAACUGAAAAGGUGGUUUACCUACAAACGGAACCUCAUCAGGCUAACAGUGGACCUUUCAGCAGAAAUCUUACAAACCAGAAGGGAUUAGGGGCCUAUAUUUAGCAUUCUUAAAGAAAGGAAUUUUCAACUGAGAAUUUCUUAUCCAGACAAACUAAGCUUCAUAAGCAAAGGAGAAAUGAGAUCCAUCUCAAACAAACGAAUGCUGAGGGAAUGCAUUUCCACAAGACAAACCUUACAAGAGGUCCCGAAGUGAGUGCUAAAUAUGGAAAGGAAACACCAUUAUUGGGCACUACAAAAACUCACUUAAGUACAUAGACCAGUGGCACUAUAAAACAACCACACAAACAAGUCUGCAUAAUAACCAGUUAACAACAUGUUGACAGGAUCAAAUUUGCACAUAUGAAUACUAACCUUGAUUGUAAAUUAUCUAAAUGCCCCAAUUAAAAGGCACAGAAUGGCAACUUGGAUAAAGAAGCAAAACCCAAUAUUCUGUAAUUAAGAGACUCAUCUCACAAUCAAUGAAAUGCAUAGAUUCAAAGUAAAGGGAUGUAGAAAAUUCUGCCAAGCAAAUGAAAAACAAAACAAAACAAAAAGCAGGGGUUGCUAUUCUAAUUCUAGGCAAACCAGACCUUCAAACAACAAAGAUCAUAAAAGACAAAAGGAGGCAGGGCAAGAUAGUGGAACUGAUGCCUACACAAAUUGUAUUUCUAUAAGGACACCAAUUUACAACUAUCUACACAGAGAAAGCCCCUUCAUGAGAACCAAAAAUCAGGUGAGCCUGUGUAACACCUGAUUUUAACUUCAUAUCACUGAAAGAGGUAAAGAAAAGAUAGAAAAAACGUCUUAAGUUGCCAAUGCCACCUCUCCCCAACCCCAUUCUCCUGCCCCGGCAGUAGCAGCAUGGUAUAGAGAUCAUCUCUGGGUGCUGAGGGAGGGAGAACAGCAAUUGUGAGGCAUUGAACUCAGUGCUGUCCUGUUAGAGCAGAAAGGAAAACCAGACCAAACUCAGCCGACACUCACACACAGAAGUAGUAUUUAAACCAGCCCUCGCCAGUCCUGUGCUGGCUUCAGGUCUGACGCAGCAUAGUCAUAGUGUUGGUGGCCACAGGGGUGCUAAUAUGACUCCACCCUCAGUUUUUGGAGGUUCAAAACUGAGAGAGAUUCUCCGUUUCUUUGGGAAAAAUUCAGGCUAGAGAACAAGAUAUCUGCCUGGUAAUCCAGAGAAUUCUUCAUCUUUUUCAAAACCAUCAAGUUAAUAACUCUAUGAGUCUGCAAGAACUACAGUUUUAUUAGGCUUGAGGUGCUUCUUAAAGCAGAUGCUGCUUAGCUCUUGAUACCCAAGUCCUUUCAAAUAUCUGGAAAGCCUUCUCAAAAAUGAUGGAUACAAACAAGACAAGAUAUAGAAGACUACAAUAAAUAACAAAUUCUUCAAUGCCCAGACACUGAAGAAUGUCUACUGGCAUCAACACCAUCCAGGAAAACAUGACCUCAUCCAAUGAACUAAAUAGGUAGCCAGGGACUAAUCCUGGAUAAACAGAGAUAUGUGAUCUUUCAGAAAGAGAAUUUGGAACAGCUGGGUUCAGGGAACUCAGAGAAAUUCAAGAUAGCACAGGAAAAGUCAGAAUUCCACAGAUAAAUUUAAUAAGAGAAUGAAAUAAUUGAAAAGAAUCUAGCUGAAAUUCUGGAGCUGAAGAAAUGCAAUUUACGUAUUUAA